GCCAUGCUAACAACUUCAUAUUGUGUAACUAAGUGAACCUGAAAUGGCCUCCGUGAAAUGCAGCUGUGUCUGACCCACUUCUGAUUCACACUGCUCCACCAUCUCCUGACAUGUUUUUUCUCCUUCUUUUCCCCACUCUAUAUCCUGGCCUCCCUCGCCUUUACCUCCCACCCGUCUUCCUCUCGCUCUUCCUCAUCUCUCUUCCUCCCUUUCUACAGGAUGGGCAGGGCAGCUCCCAGAACACAAUCUGAAACCCUGAGACCUCUCACUCCCCUGCAGGAUUACUACACUUUAACUACAGUAUUACAACACAAAAUCUUUCAUAGUUUGAAGGGUUCAACAAAAGGCACUACAAUAUAAAGGUCUCUAUCUGCUGCAGAAAGCACCCAUCCUACUGCUACUACAGGAUUACACCACAGCUUCAUCCAAUCAAAACCUUUCAGAGACACAGGAAGCAGGCACCCCAGGCUGCACCAGGCUGCCCCAGGACAAGAAACCAAAGAAGUCACCGGACUAGUAACCCAGGCCAAAACAGAAUCAGGACAGACCAGAAGAGACCAGUCGAACUCAGUAAAGGACAGUGGAAAAGUUUGAUGGGACUCUUGACGAUAGCCACAUGCCUCUGAGUCCGGCUGCUGACACCAAACAUGAUCGCCCGCGGCAACAGGCGGUUACAAACGGCAACCCGGCAGGCUCUGUUGUUGCCAGGGACGACGAGGGAGAGGACACGCCCACUGGGAACAGCAUCGUCGUCCGCAUCGGCAUCCCGGACCUGCAGCAGACGAAGUGUUUGCGGUUGGACCCAGAGUUACCAGUUUGGACCAGUAAGCAGAGGGUUCUGGUGACGUUGACUCAGUCUCUGUCGGAUGUUUUGAACUAUGGUCUCUUCCAGCCGGCGUUCAACGGCCGAGCCGGAAAGUUUCUGGACGAGGAGCGGCUGCUGAAGGAGUAUCCUCUCCCGCCCAUCACACCCAUCCCGUACCUGGAGUUUCGUUACAAGAGGAGAGUUUACACCCAGAGUUACGUGGACGACAAACAGCUGGCAAAGCUGCAUACCAAGGCCAAUCUGAAGCGCUUCAUGGAACAUGUUCACCAGAAGAAUGUGGAGAAGGUUUCCAAGUGGUUGGAAAAAGGCCUCGAUCCCAACUUUCACGACUCUGACACAGGAGAGUGUCCUCUGACUCUGGCCGUGCAGCUGGAGGAGAGCUGCGAGCUGAUUAAAGUUCUUCGCAAUGGAGGAGCUCACCUGGACUUCAGGACCAGGGACGGCAUCACUGCCCUUCACCGGGCCGUCCUCUGCAGAAACAGCGCCGCCCUCACCACUCUGCUGGACCUCGGGGCAUCUCCGGACUACAAGGACAGCAGAGGCCUCACUCCGCUCUAUCACUCGGCCAUGGUGGGCGGCGCCCCCUACUGCUGCGAGCUGCUGCUGCAGGACCACGCCACCAUCGGGAUGACAGAUGAGAACGGGUGGCAGGAAAUCCAUCAGGCAUGUCGCUAUGGCAACGUGCAGCACUUGGAGCACCUGCUGUUCUACGGCGCUGACAUGAGUUCCCAGAAUGCAUCAGGAAACACUGCACUGCACCUCUGCGCUCUGUACAACCAGGAUAGUUGUGCCCGAGUGUUGCUGUUCAGAGGAGCCAACAAGGACAUCAAGAACUACAACAACCAGACGGCCUUUCAGGUGGCGAUCAUUGCCGGGAAUUUUGAUCUGGCAGAAAUCAUAAAAAUCCACAAAACGUCUGACGUUGUUCCCUUCAGAGAAACUCCCUCCUAUACCAAGCGCCGCCGCAUGGGCUUGACCCGGACAACAGCUGGAAACGGCCUGUCAUCUCCUCGCUCCCUGAUUCGCUCAGCCAGUGACAACGCCUUGGAAAGCCCCGCCUCCUCACCUGGCCCCUCCCUUCAAAGCCUGGAGACGCACCAUGACACGCACACACACUCACUACGCCGACACACACGCCGACUCAGUCCAAGUGGUGGAGGUCAUGUGGAGACCAGCCCUCCCUCCUCUCCUCCCCCGACCCCACAGAUGAGGAAGAGGAGGCUGUAUAGCGCCGUGCCGGGACGCACCUUCAUCGCCACCCGGUCCCACGUCCCUCAGGGGCCCGGAGAGAUCCAGCUGCACCGAGGAGAGCGGGUCAAAGUUCUCUCUAUCGGUGAAGGAGGAUUCUGGGAAGGAAGCGUUAAAGGCCGAACCGGCUGGUUUCCUGCCGACUGUGUGGAAGAAGUCCAGAUGAGACAAUACGACCCGAGACUGGAGACGCGAGAGGACCGCACCAAGAGACUGUUCAGACACUACACUGUAGGAUCCUACGACAACUACACCUCCUACAGCGAUUACGUGAUCGAGGAGAAGACGGCCGUGCUGCAGAAGAGGGAGAGCGAAGGAUUUGGCUUCGUCCUCAGAGGAGCUAAAGCUGAGACGCCCAUCGAGGAGUUCGCUCCAACCCCGGCGUUUCCCGCCCUUCAGUACCUGGAGUCAGUCGACCAAGGGGGCGUGGCCUGGAGGGCGGGGCUACGGACCGGAGACUUUCUCAUCGAGGUGAACGGUACCAAUGUGGUGAAGGUGGGUCACCGGCAGGUCGUCUCUCUAAUCCGGCAGGGAGGAAGUCGCCUGCUGAUGAAAGUCGUCUCAGUUUCCAGGAAAUCUGAAACCAACCUGAUCAGGAAAAAAGCACCGCCCCCUCCAAAACGAGCCCCCAGCACCUCCCUGACGCUGCGAUCCAAGUCCAUGACGGCUGACCUGGAGGAGAUAGAGAAACUGGAUGAGAUGUUGGCGGGAGGUCAACAGGAAGUCGUCUUGAGGGGCCGCCCAUCAGAUGACUUCAGGGCGGCGACGGUGAAGCAGAGGCCAACCAGCCGCCGUAUCACACAGGCAGAGAUCAAUUCGCUGUUUGAGCGUCAGGGUCUGGUGCCCCCUUCAGCUCCAGAGAAGAGCACCAUGCCUUUACCCAGAGGGAUGUCCAGAACCAAGAGUUUUGGCACACCGGACGACGACAGAAUCACGGCUCUGAUCAAUGAAAGUCGGUUUCCACGGAGCUCUUCGCUGACAGACAGCUUCAUCCCUCCUCCUCCUCAAACAGCACCGCCUCCUCCACCCUCUGCAUCCUCUACCUCCUCGCUCUUCAUACUCGACUCUGGACCUCCUCCCUCUUUUCUCCCUCCUCCUCCUCCAGCACGAGGAGAUGGACUGACCCGCUCUAGUUUCAAGCCGGGGGCAGAGCCAAGGCUUCAGGAGCUUUCAGAUUCACCAACGAGGAGCCACACCCACGCCGAGCGGCAGAGAAAAGCAAGGUCCAUGAUCAUCCUGCAGGACACGCCUCCACCACUGCAGCCUGAUGCUCACGGUGCCCCUGCUACUCACACACUUCACACCGCCACACACACCGCGACACACACGCUUCACACCGCCACACACACAUCUACGCUGUCUCUGCACAGCACUAGCCCCGCCCUUGGCCACUCACCUCUGUCGCGGCGUCGGGGAAGAGCAAUAGAAAACCCCUAUGCUAAUGUGGGACAACAGGCUCCACCUACCAAACCCCAGAGGAGGAAGUCACCAUUACUGAAACAACUUCCUGUUGAAGAGCAGGGUCUUGGGAUCAAAGAUCACGAUUCAUCCAAAGAAGGAGGUGGACCCAGCAGCCCCAGCAGGGCUGAGCUGUACCAGCAGCAGGUUCUUUCAGAGCGCGCUCGAGUUCAGGGUCGCCGGUCGUCUCUCUUCUUGUCAGUGGAGGGAGCGGGGUCAGAAAAUCAGGCACCGCCUCUUCUGACGCAGAGCCACUCGAUGGAUGACCUCGGCGAGCUUCCCCCUCCAGCUCCGGUCCUGUCACCUUCACCGACGCCUCAUACCUUCCUCCACCCGCUGACAGGGAAACCUCUAGACCCGUCCUCUCCACUCGCCCUGGCACUUGCUGCAAGAGAACGAGCACUCACCGCCCGCACACCGAGCCCUGAGCCUCGAACUAAACACGCUUCUGCCUCCACCACACCCAUCCCCACCCCGGCUGCCAGUCCUGAGGGCAGACACAAGCGAACGCCCAUCACCACUCCACAAAGCAGUCCUGAGCCACGAUCCAAGCGCACCACUCCUCAGACAAGCCCUGAGCAGCGGACCAAACGCACCACUCCCCAAACGAGUCCUGAGCUAAGGCAUAAACGCAUAACCCCACCCCUUUUCCCAGAUGGACAAGUUGAGCGCCCAGAAACAGAGGGAGGAGUGACAUCACCUGCCGCACCCUCCCCUGAGCGCUGGAGACCCUCCCCUUUGCCACCACUGGCCAAUGAGGCUCAUUCUCCUCUGAUUGAUAGACGUAGAAGCCUCACAGUGGGCAGUUCAGAGGAGGAGGGAGGGGCUUACACAGUGACACUCCCACCUGCCUUGUUAUCAUCCAGCGAUGAGGAAACUAGGGAGGAGCUGCGUAGAAUUGGUCUGGUGACUCCCCCUCCUGGCUUUGCAAGCCCUCCUGCUGCUCCUCCCCCAUCCUCUCUCACCUUGUUGCCACGACGAGGUGGAGAGGGAGGGGGAGGAGAGAGUGGUCCUGAAUCUUUGGGUAGACGAGGAGAUGAGGAGGAAGGAGGUGAUGAAAGGCUUCAUGACAGCUCGUCUUCCCCAAGCUCCCUCCCACCCUCCAUCACCCUGGCUUCUCCUCCUGCUCCAUCUUCCCCAUCUUCCCCACCUGCUACUCACCCAUCUCCUUCAUCCGCCGCUACUUCCCCAUCAGGGCUAAAGCCUCGCCUUCGUUCACCUAUCGGUCGAGGACGUUCUGCACUCCGGGACCCCCUAUUAAAGCAGUCGUCGGACAGUGAGCUCCUCCCAUCUGCUGCAUCAUCAUCCUCCCCCUCCUCCCCACUUUGCUCCUCUCCCACCAGUGGCGGAGGCCGACAGCCACGCUAUUUGUUUCAAAGGAGGUCUAAGUUGUGGGGGGGUGGGGAUCAAGAUCGACGGGGCCUCAGUCCGGAGGAAGGAGGGGGGCGUCCAGCAGCCUUGGGAGGCCAGGGAUCCGGCUCAGCUGUGGAUCUAACAAGCCGGUCAGCUUCUGCACUAGAGCUAAGCGGCAGGGCGGGGUCUGGACUGGAUCUAGCCAAUCGGCUACAGCUGCUCAACAAAGAUAGCCACUCUCUGGGGGAGGAGCCAAGCCCCCUUGAUCCAGGUCGAAGGUCACCAGUAGGAGGUGCCAGAUGUGUGGACAGUGGGGAGAGUAAAUCGUUGUUCUCCAGUCUCGGUGAACUUCACACCAUCUCCCAGAGAGGAUAUGGCGCCACCUAUACAGUCCGACCUGGAAGUCGCUACCCUGUCACUCGCCGGAGCCCUUCUCCUUCUCCCUCGCCCUCUGAUAGGUCAGUGGGACUCCCCUCCACUACCGCCCCCUGCUCUGAAAGGCCAGAUCUGAGCUCAGGUCGCGGUCUAACCAUCCUAAAGUCCUCCAGUCUCAGCCUCCCCUCAGAACCAAAGGAGGUUCGGUUUGUGAUGCGAAGCGCCAGUGCACGAACCAGAUCCCGUUCCCCUUCCCCUUCACCCCAUGCCUCGCCCUGCCCCUCCCCGGUCCUCAGCGGGCCCUUGUUGUCCCUACGACCAUGGAGGCAGCGGCCCCUCAACUUGUGGAAUAAAUACGAUGUGGGUGACUGGCUGGAGAGCGUGGGUCUGGCCGAACACCGCCAGCGCUUCCAGGACCACGAGAUUGAAGGCUCCCAUCUCCCUGCCCUCACCAAAGAGGACUACGUGGAGCUAGGAGUCACCAGACUGGGACACCGGAUCAACAUUGAGAGGGCACUCCGACAGCUGCUGGAUGGUUCCACUUGACCCCUCACCUCUGACCACUCACUUCUUAGAUAUCCUGAACUGUAACCUCAGACCCCCUGACCUCUGGUCAGACACUAGGCCAUCUCUUUGAAUUGAAUAAUCUUAGCAGUGACUGAAUAUUUAGACCUUAGACCAGACAUUUUCUGGUUUAUCAGCUCUUUGAUCAGCAACAUAAGGACUGGUAGCAGCUGCAGACCUCUGAUGUUUCGUUUGCCUGUUAAUGUCUGCAUGCCCCAUAAAAACUCCCAACCAAACCAAUCACGUCACACCGAGUAUUAUGGUUGUGUAAAUUAACAAUCUGACACCAGCAAAGGAGAUUCUUUAACACCAGUCAUGAGGAAAAUCAUGAGGUUCAACUGCAGGAAUUCAUUUGGGGCUGAAAAUAAGUCCAUGCUUGACAGAAUAUUAAAGAUCGGAGAAUUAUUUUUUUCAAAUACACCACCUUAGUCCGAAACAUUUUUCAGUUUUUUUUAGUCAAAAAAAACCCACAUUUAACAUUCCCACAUAUGGACACUCAGUCAUUUAACUGGGAAUUAUAAAAUGUCAGAAGACACUAAUAGAAGAUAUUGAUGACAGACAUGUGCAGACAUGUGAAAACUGGUCGCUGAACUAUUGAAACAACCAAAUGAACUGACUAAAUCUUGUCAGCCGGACUCACUCAGUUUUACACUGUGUCAGAUUUGUCAGUGUUCUCUGAUAGCAUGUUUGCUAGUCUUUCCAAUUGCUGGCGCAACAUUACCUAUAAAAGCAGAAUCCUCUCCUGACCAUGAUCCAACAUACAAUUUCACUACAAGCCAUUAAAUUUUACCAUACUUAGAAUUAAAAUGUACCAGUAAGUCCCACAAUGUGAACAAACUGGGAACAAAAUCAAUCAGAGUUUCCCAGACCGUGAUGUAACUUAUGAAACAGCUGCUUCUGUACAGCCAGGAUUUAAAAAUGAAAAAUAACAGUCAGUGCAUCUGAGAAAGGCAGAACAAUGAAAGGAAAUGAAAAAUCUUAUCAACACAACUCUGCUCUUAAGCUACGAGAGAUUUGAGUGGCCAUUAUUUUUUUUAAAUCCGAAGGUAACUACUCAGUAACAGUUACUAAAAUUUAUGGUGUAUUACGAUUCUUGAAGACUAUAAGCUGCAGCUUUUCAAACAGUUGCUUGUUGUUACAGUUUUUGAUGGACAGUAAACACUCAAACAUCCAGAAACAUCAGUUAUGAAAGCAUUACCUGAAUCCGGGUCUGGACCAUUACAAACAGCUCUGCUGCCAGCCUCUAAUGGUGAUCAAAGAGCUGAUGUGACAAUCCGACUACAAACACACCGAGACGGGUCGUGUCCUCGUGCCGUUCUGGUUCCCCAGACGAGUUUAGCUGGACCUUUGCUGGCGGAGCUGGAUGACUGGCGAGCUACUGGGAGUCUCUACCGUAACACCGGGAGAUUAUAGCUGAGGAUAUUUGUCCGUCCUUUUCUUGUGACUUAACUUUUGUUUUCCCAAAUAAUCACUCAUGACGAGUUUGUGUUAAUUUUUGAGUUCAUACUAUCUUAAAGCUGAUCAUUUAGAAUUUAUGAAUAACAAGUAACAAUAAUGUGGUGGUGAUGAGUUUAUAAUAGUCCGGAAAAUGAUUUUGAGUUCCUUAUGAUUUGACAAUGAGUUGAAUUUCAAGGUCAUCUCGGCGAUGUUUUUGGAAUUCAUAAUGAUUUGUCAAUGAGUGUGACUUUGUGCUGAUGUGCUAUGUGUUUCAGGGAGAGCUGCAGCAGAGCUCCAACUGUAAACCUCUCUGGUUUCUAACCUGCUUAUCGAGGGCUUACUGUACAUGGUGCUAUUUGUUUAAAGCCAUCUGUACAGAAAAUACUUUCCUCCUUCCCCUCUUUAUCUUCCUCACCCUGAUAUCUAUUAAUUAGCCCCCUUAAAUUUAAUCAAAGAACGACUUUCAGGAACAGGCCAUAAAUGGAGUUUCCUCCCUGCCAUACUGGGGAUUUUUCAUCCCUGCCAUAUGUGGAGUUUCCUCCUGACCACAGAGUUUACAUCAGAGUUCCCCUGUAAGACUUAACAUCCACUCAUUUUAAUUCUACUUCAUCUUAUUUAAUUUUUCACCAUGAAACGUUUUCAUGUUAAGUCACAGUUAAAGUGCAGAGGUGAAGGAUUUUUGUGCAGUUUCAGUAUCCAACACAGCUGCAGACUCUAGCUCACUCUCUUGCAAUUAAUUAAAUUUAAUGUAUAUUUACACUUACCAGCAGUAUAUAAACUUGUAAUAAAGUAUGAUGGCCAAAAGAUGGAUAGGCAACAGGGAACAAUAUUAUAAGCAGUGUAAGAUAUGGCUUUUCUGGAGAUUUGGCGCCUUCCCCUAAAGGAAAUUCACCAGGACUCUUAUAAAGAUAUAUUUCACCAUUUGGAUGGAUUUAAUUUAAUCAAGCAAAAAAAGAAAGAAAUGUUGAUCUGUAGAACUGUGCAGUCACUCAAAAUGUAAUCUCGGAUAACAGGAAGAGAGACUCAAAUGAAUCGAAAAUUUCUGAAACAUUUUGGGUUUAAAUGCUCAAGAACUCUGAGAUGUUUCCAAAGAAAUCGAGUUUAAAUCAAAUUAUGAUCACGGCUGAUCAAAAUAGUCAGGAUUGCAAUUUUUGCCAUCAUGUCACUAGAAAUAACAGAAAAUCUUCUGCUUACAGUUGUAGUUGCUCCUGAAAAGCUCAAUUUGAGCUGCAACAAACCUCUGGACAUAUAUGACACACUACAACCACACAUUAAACAUUAACUACAUGUUUAUAUGCUGCUAAUAAAUGUAAAUAAGUAAUUCAUGUGCCUGCUGUGGAAUCUAAUCACAAAGAAGCUGAAAGAAUUCAUGUAGUUGGAGAUACUGUCCAAAAUUACAGGAAGCUCUCUAAGUUAGGGUUUAUGGAAACCAGCUGGCGCACUUUAUCCUGAUGUGUCGUUCACGCCAAAUGUGAAGCAAAGUUUCACCUCGUGUGGAAUCAGCCACACUGGAGACCUGUGGAUAUUCACCGAGCAGCCAGCGGGAUAAAGAUGAAGCUGGAAACAAUUUCCAGAAACGCAUCCUCACAGUUUACACUCUGUUUCCUCCGAGCUCGCUCCUUUUUUUCUCUUUGUCUAAAAGCAAAGUCGAACCUUUCAGCUCCAGCUGUUCUCAACCAGCACCGAUGAGCUCCUCCCUCAUUUCUGAUCUCACUGGUAUCAGCAGAGGAUCACCGCUGAUGGGUUCUCAUGCGAGCAAAUGUGGAUUUGCCUUUAUUAUUAAACAGACUGAUCAUAUCCGUACCGUGUGAAAACUCUGCUUCACGUUUGUUGUGAACGCACCGUUAAAGGGGACCUUUAUAUUUUUAUACUAGCGCUAGAUCAGAGUAGCUUUGUACAGGUCAAAGUUCAAAUAAUCAUCAUAGUAACAUUCCUGUCUUUAUACAGGCCCUCAGUUCACCCUGUCUGAAACAAGCCAAUUUAUCUUCAGGCUCUUUCCUUGACAGCCUACUUUCCUCUUAUUGGCUAACUUCUGGAAGCCUGCCGAGGGGCAGCAUCCAGUGCUUGUGAGGUGUACUCUGAAGGCCAAGUGUUCGGCUCACAGGGAUUAUUUCUACUCAUGUUUACCUCAUUAUGUGUUUAUAUACACACAUUAAACAUCACAACAUCAGACAGAUGACAACAAAAUAAGUAAAGGUUUCAUAUUUUACUACAGCACUCAUGAUGAUAUUAUUAUAAUCCAUCACUUUGACCUCUUGCCCUGAGAAAACAGACUUAUUAAGAGCUUUGUGUUUAUCCUAGCUUAGCACAAAGCAUGGAAGCAGGAGGAAACUGUUAGCCUAGCUCCAUCACAAGGUAAAAGUCCACGUUCUAGCUUAUUUACAUGGUGUAGUGUUGUAUUCAGAAAACUAAAACAGAGCAGUCCUGAGUACAACUCAAACAGCCUCCUUUUUAUUUCACUGUCUUUCUACAUUUGCACAUUAACAGCAUGUAAGUGGGUGGAAACUGGAUUCCUCCAACCUAUAAACCAGCGUUCUUUACGUACCGGAGACUUGAAUAGAAUUUUAUUUCAGACAUUUUCUUAAAGUCACACCGCCCCCUUCUUUUCUGAAUAUUUGAAUUUGGUUUAAAAAAGAAUGAAUCCCUCCGUUUGCCGCCCUCUAAAGCACAAUCAAAGCUUCAGUGCCUGUUCCCACAGCAGAUCGACUGCUUCUGUCUCGUUUCCUUCCGACUUCAGUUCCCAAACAACCUGCUGAGCUGCAGUCAUGAUUUCCAAAGUUCUACAAGUUGAUGUUGACACGCUUUUAUGGACAAAGUCAUAUAGAAUGUACAGACUAUUUACACCACAUUACAGUAGACUAUAUGGUCUGUAUAAUAUAUAUUAUGGUAGAAUAAAAUGUAGCUAUAGUGUAAAAUAUAAAGUAGACAAUAAAGUUUAUUUAAAAAAGUAAUAUUUUGGUAGGCUGUAGUCUAUGAAGUCUUUAAUCUAAUGAGAUAUUCAGAGCUUGUAAGCAGCUACACUGAGCUCAAUCUGGAAACAGUGCAAGUUUCAAUUAAACCAGGUUUCAUUUUUUCAAUGAGGAAAUCAAAUGUGCGUACAUUUAAAUAUACAAUAAAUUAACAGUGUCUUUUGUCCACAGAAACACUUACCAGUACUAUUACCUUACAUUAUUGAGGUGACUGCUGUUGUGAUUUAAUGCUAUAUAAAUAAAACUGAAUAGAACUGAAUUGAAUUGAAUACACUAUAAAAUAAAAUUCUGCUUAAGUUCAGGAUAUUUUUGCGUUGGGUUCAUCCAAUCUUAACCUUCAGUUCUACUUAAAUAAAGCUACACAUCUGAUGGGAAAUCAGAUGACCAAAGUCUGGCUUCUUGUAAUUCUUCCUCUCGCUACAGACAUCCUGGAAAUCAGGCCUAUAACUUUCUGUUUCUGGUUAUCCAGAAUAGACUGUAAUGACUGUAGUCUGAAAUAAGACUGGAAAAAAUGUGACCAACAAACAAAAAACAGAAGUGGCAAAGAAAAGAAAACGGCUAGCACCUGAUUCUUUUCUUGCUUCUCUCAAUUGAUGUUGUACUUACUGUGCGCAGACUGAUUGUGUUACAUUUUGAGCAGAGAAAAAUGCUCCGCAGAAGUGUUUUAAAAUAAAACACAAUAAAAAGAGAAUCGGUGGAUCGUCUGUGUAGAAAGCUACAAAAACCCAGUUUGGGUCAUCAUCAUUGCUUCCUUUGGUUUUAUCGAUUAGCCAAACCGGUCUGGACCAAAAGUGUCUUUGAAUGUUUAAUCUGCAGAUCAGAGUCCUGCAGUGUGGCUGCUUACACUGAGAGAAUAUCACUUGAGUCAGGUAUUCUGUACAUGUAUAGUAUAUAUUAUAAUGGACUACUGAUAGUCUACUGUACAGAGUCAUGCGCAGAAUGAGUCAGUGAAUCAGGUUGGAAGCAGAUCAGUGACCUCAGGUCCCCGCCUGUGCUCUGUUACACCUGACAUGAGGUCAGUCGCCCAUCGUAGGACUUCUCAGCCAAUCAGAAAUGACAACAUUUAAUCAGUUCUCUUAUUUGAGCCAAUCAAAUGUAAGUAGGGCUAAACAGCAGGUGGCACCAAUUCUUCUACUCACCCAGUGAGACUAUUGUUUUUCAAACUUUUUUUUUUUUGUUGGUUAUUAACAACAAAAAAGAUACGAAUAGACGUUUACGUAAAGGUUACCGUACGAGCAUCAGCACGCUCUUAUUCUACUUAUUCAACACAGCUUCGUGUCAUUUGACCGUCGUCAUCAUGGUUUCAGAACCACCUCAUUAAACCAUUGAAUAUAUCAAUGUCAUUACAACAGCUCCAGUCAUUUUUUUCAGUUAACCCUGUGAGGCCUCAGUCAUUGAAUCCAUGCACAGCCUGCAACUGAGUACGUAGGUCGCUGACGACAUUCACAACAUUUAUAUACUCAUGUGAGGCGCUCCGCAUCACUCUACUUAACCACCAGCUAGUGUUUUGGUAGUGGAGUUUCUUCCAUGAAUUGACUGAAAACAGAUGGAAAGUCAGAAACGUGUAUGAGGAGGUGAUGCUAUCGAGAGCCAAUCACAGUCCCUGCAGCCUCAAACAUAUAAUUUGUGCUUACAUUUCAGUUACAGAAUCCCACUUAGCUCUAACCGUUUGAUUUGGACUCUUUUAAGAAAAAGUGUGAAUUUUUUUUGUGUGUGUCUUAAUGGUUUUAAGACGUCCCCGAACAAAGACUGAGACCACACAGUGUGAACAUAAUUAAUUAUCCAUAAUUAAGCCAGUAAUUAUACAACUAAAGUUUUAUCAUUUCUAUGACUUUUACAGUAAGUCAGCAUCAGUCAUUUACUAACACAAUAUCAUUGAUGUAUUUACUUAGGCAAUAAAUAAAGACGCGUCUGUUAAAUCUCACAAACAAAUUCUCACUAAUACCAUUUAUUGACACUCAUAUUGGUAUAGCAGUUUUAUAAUUAAAAAUAUCCUCAAAUCACAUGUAAAUAAAGAGCGGAGCUCAUAAACCAUCCCAUUCAGUAACUUUAAAUACAUUUGAAGUGAGCUGGAUUACAAUGUUAUUCAGUCUACAAGAUAAAGCCCUGUCCAAGUACUUUUGGUCAUUUUUGGUUCUACAGUUUGUGUUUGCGUAUUGCGGCCAUCUACAAAGAUAAUAAGUCAAUUGGAAAACCACAAAAAAGCUGCUUCGUGAUUUUUGUGCUAUUUAAUACGAGCUCAGAUUGUUUAUUUCUCUAAAAUAAAUUCCAUUUUUUUAAUACACAGUACCAGACAAAGGUUUAUAGACACUCACAUAUACAUAUGAAUAACUUUUGCACUUGGCACUACUUGGUCACUCGAGGGUUAAAUAUGAGCUGUAAACCUAUCAGAACAAUGUCAUUUAUAUUUGACUGUUAUAAUCGGGUCUGUGAUGAAAAGAUUUUUAAUAAUUCCUCUAAGAGAAAAAUGAGGAUAUAAACCAAACCAUAGCUCCUCAGCCGUGGUUUAAACCUCUAAUUUUUAUUAUUUAUGUUCCUCGAUGUUCAGUAGCUGGGGAUGCUCAUGCUUUGGUCUUUUACCAAUGUUCAUGUCCAUGAAGUGUCAGAAAAUACACAAAGUUCAGUAACAUUUACGCCCACGGCUGAGUAAGGAAACUCGAGAGUUCAGAUUUUUACAUUUUUGUGUUUAAAAAAAUGAGAAAACGAGUUUCUAUUUAGAGAUUUUACAGUCCAAAAAUAGAAGGGAAUAGAAAGCCAUCAUUUAUAAAUGUUCAUUUCAUAUAUUUGUAGGUUAAAAGUUGGUUGAGAGCAGAAUUUCUUUUGCUUAGGGUUAGAGAACUGUAGAAACCAGAGGCCACCCAGCAGGGGGCGCUGCAGAUAGACGUAGAAGCGAUAACUUAAAAACUUCCAGAUUCUUCCAAAUCUGUGUGUUAAAGUGAUAAUUGAUCAAUAGAAGCAGGAUAAAUCUGAAAGAAUGAGCCAAAAUGGAAAACUGGAAAAUAAUCCUCAGCUUCCUGCUGAUUGGCUGAGAAUCCUGGCUUUCUAACCUGCGUGUGAAACCCUCCUCCCCCUCCUCUUAAAUCUCCACCUGCUUAUAAGUUUAUGGUUUUAUGGUCCCCCCCCCUCCUCCUCCUUUCUAGCUUCCUCUUUUUACAGUAUGUUUGUAGUUUCUUCUGGAGUGAGUGGUGUGCGUGUACUUGUAGUUUUUUCUUCCCUUUUCUAAAAACCGAAGAGCACACGAUGACAACUGAUGAGCUCUGCAACGCAACAGAUUGUAAUCUUUAUAAUAAACUGUCAUUUAUUACAAACUGCA